GGUUAGGGUUGGAGCUAGAGCUAGGGUUAGGGUUGGAGCUAGGGUUAGGGUUAGGGUUGGACCUAGGGUUAGGGUUAGGGUUAGGGUUGGAGCUAGAGCUAGGGUUAGGGUUGGAGGUAGGGUUAGGGUUCGCGUUAGGGUUGGAGCUAGGGUUAGGGUUAGGGUUGGAGCUAGGGUUAGGGUCUGAGCUAGAGUUAGGGUUAGGGUUAGGGUUGGAGCUAGGGUUAGGGUUGGACCUAGGGUUAGGUUUAGGGUUAGGGUUGGAGCUAGAGCUAGGGUUAGGGUUAGGGUUUGAGCUAGGGUUAGGGUUAGGGUUAGGGUUGGAGCUGGGGUUAGGGUUAGGGUUAGGGUUAGGGUUGGAGCUAGGGUUAGGGUUAGAGUUAGGGUUGGAGCUAGGGUUAGGGUUAGGGUUAGGGUUGAACCUAGGGUUAGGGUUGGAGUUGGAGCUAGGGUUAGGGUUAGGGUUGGGUUAGGGUUAGGGUUGGAGCUAGGGUUAGGGUUAGGGUUGGAGCUAGGGUUAGGGUUGGAGCUAGGGUUAGGGUUAGGGUUGGAGCUAGGGUUAGGGUUGGGUAAGGGUUAGGGUGUGAGCAACAGUUAGGGUUAGGGUUGGAGCUAGGGUUAGGGUUAGGGUUGGAGCUAGUGUUAGGGUUGGAGCUAGAGCUAGGGUUAGGGUUAAGGUUGGAGCUAGGGUUAGGGUUAGGGUUAGGGUUGGAGCUAGGGUUAGGGUUAGGGUUGGAGCUAGGGUUAGGGUUAGGGUUAGGGUUAGGGUUAGGGUUGGAGCUAGGGUUAGGGUUAGAGUUAGGGUUGGAGCUAGGGUUAGGGUUAGGGUUAGGGUUGAACCUAGGGUUAGGGUUGGAGUUGGAGCUAGGGUUAGAGUUAGGGUUGGGUUAGGGUUAGGGUUGGAGCUAGGGUUAGGGUUAGGGUUGGAGCUAGGGUUAGGGUUGGAGCUAGGGUUAGGGUUAGGGUUGGAGCUAGGGUUAGGGUUAGGGUUUGAGCUAGGGUUAGGGUUGGGUAAGGGUUAGGGUGUGAGCAACAGUUAGGGUUAGGGUUGGAGCUAGGGUUAGGGUUAGGGUUGGAGCUAGUGUUAGGGUUGGAGCUAGAGCUAGGGUUAGGGUUAAGGUUGGAGCUAGGGUUAGGGUUAGGGUUAGGGUUGGAGCUAGGGUUAGGGUUAGGGUUGGAGCUAGGGUUAGGGUUAGGGUUAGGGUUAGGGUUAGGGUUGGAGCUAGGGUUAGGGUUAGGGUUGGAGCUAGGGUUAGGGUUAGGGUUAGGGUUGGAGCUAGAGCUAGGGUUAGGGUUAGGGUUGGAGCUAGGGUUAGGGUUGGAGCUAGGGUUAGGGUUAGGGUUGGAGCUAGGGUUAGGGUUAGGGUUAGGGUUGGAGCUAGAGCUAGGGUUAGGGUUAGGGUUGGAGCUAGGGUUAGGGUUAGGGUUGGAGCUAGGGUUAGGGUUAGGGUUGGAGCUAGGGUUAGGGUCUGAGCUAGAGUUAGGGUUAGGGUUAGGGUUGGAGUUAGGGUUAGGGUUGGAGCUAGGGUUAGGGUAAGGGUUAGGGUUGGAGCUAGAGCUAGGGUUAGGGUUAGGGUUGGAGCUAGGGUUAGGGUUAGGGUUAGGGUUGGAGCUAGGGUUAGGGUUAGGGUUGGACCUCGGGUUAGGGUUAGGGUUGGAGCUAGAGCUAGGGUUAGGGUUAGGGUUGGAGCUAGGGUUAGGGUUGGAGCUAGGGUUAGGGUUAGGGUUGGAGCUAGGGUUAGGGUUGGAGCUAGGGUUAGGGUUGGAGCUAGGGUUAGGGUUAGGGUUAGGGUUGGAGCUAGGGUUAGGGUUGGAGCUAGGGUUAGGGUUAGGGUUAGGGUUAGGGUUGGAGCUAGGGUUAGGGUUGGAGCUAGGGUUAGGGUUAGGGUUAGGGUUGGAGUUAGGGUUAGUGUUGGAGCUAGGGUUAGGGUUGGGCUUGGAGCUAGGAUUUUUCUGAGUGCAAUAAACCAACUCCCGAGUCUCUAGGACGUUCCUAAAAAAAAUUGAUUUUUUUCCCAUAGGAAUGCAUGGGUUAGGGUUAGGGUUAGGGUUGGAGCUAGGGUUAGGGUUAGGGUUAGGGUUGGAGUUAGGGUUAAGUGUUGGAGCUAGGGUUAGGGUUGGGCUUGGAGCUAGGAUUUUUCUGAGUGCAAUGAACCAUCUCCCGAGUCUCUAGGACGUUCCUAAAAAAAUUUGAUUUUUUCCCAUAGGAAUGCAUGGGUUAGGGUUAGGGUUAGGGUUGGAGCUAGGGUUAGGGUUAGGGUUAGGGUUGGAGUUAGGGUUAGUGUUGGAGCUAGGGUUAGGGUUGGGCUUGGAGCUAGGAUUUUUCUGAGUGCAAUGAACCAACUCCCGAGUCUCUAGGACGUUCCUAAAAAAAUUUGAUUUUUUCCCAUAGGAAUGCAUGGGUUAGGGUUAGGGUUAGGGUUGGAGCUAGGGUUAGGGUUAGGGUUAGGGUUGGAGUUAGGGUAAGUGUUGGAGCUAGGGUUAGGGUUGGGCUUGGAGCUAGGAUUUUUCUGAGUGCAAUGAACCAACUCCCGAGUCUCUAGGACGUUCCUAAAAAAAUUUGAUUUUUUCCCAUAGGAAUGCAUGGGUUAGGGUUAGGGUUAGGGUUGGAGCUAGGGUUAGGGUUAGGGUUAGGGUUAGGGUUGAAGCUAGGGUUAGGGUUAGGGUUAGGGUUGGAGUUGGAGCUAGGGUUAGGGUUAGGGUUGGGUUAGGGUUAGGGUUGGAGCUAGGGUUAGGGUUAGGGUUGGAGCUAGGGUUGGAGCUAGGGUUAGGGUUAGGGUUAAGGUUGGAGCUAGGGUUAGGGUUAGGGUUGGAGCUAGAGCUAGGGUUAGGGUUAGGGUUGGAGCUAGGGUUAGGGUUAGGGUUGGGUUAGGGUUAGGGUGUGAGCAACAGUUAGGGUUAGGGUUAGGGUUGGAGCUAGGGUUAGGGUUAGGGUUGGAGCUAGGGUUAGGAUUGGAGCUAGAGCUAGGGUUAGGGUUAAGGUUGGAGCUAGGGUUAGGGUUAGGGUUGGAGCUAGGGUUAGGGUUAGGAUUGGAGCUAGGGUUAGGGUUAGGGUUAGGGUUGGAGCUAGGGUUAGGGUUAGGGUUGGAGCUAGGGUUAGGGUUAGGAUUGGAGCUAGGGUUAGGGUUAGGGUUAGGAUUAGGGUUGGAGCUAGGGUUAGGGUUAGGGUUAGGGUUGGAGCUAGAGCUAGGGUUAGGGUUAGGGUUGGAGCUAGGGUUAGGGUUGGAGCUAGGGUUAGGGUUAGGGUUGGAGCUAGGGUUAGGGUUAGGGUUAGGGUUGGAGCUAGAGCUAGGGUUAGGGUUAGGGUUGGAGCUAGGGUUAGGGUUAGGGUUGGAGCUAGGGUUAGGGUUAGGGUUGGAGCUAGGGUUAGGGUCUGAGCUAGAGUUAGGGUUAGGGUUAGGGUUGGAGUUAGGGUUAGGGUUGGAGCUAGGGUUAGGGUAAGGGUUAGGGUUGGAGCUAGAGCUAGGGUUAGGGUUAGGGUUGGAGCUAGGGUUAGGGUUAGGGUUAGGGUUGGAGCUAGGGUUAGGGUUAGGGUUGGACCUCGGGUUAGGGUUAGGGUUGGAGCUAGAGCUAGGGUUAGGGUUAGGGUUGGAGCUAGGGUUAGGGUUAGGGUUAGGGUUAGGGUUGGAGCUAGGGAUAGGGUUAGGGUUAGGGUUGGAGCUAGGGUUAGGGUUAGGGUUAGAGUUAUGGUUGGAGCUAGGGUUAGGGUUAGGGUUGGAGCUAGAGCUAGGGUUAGGGUUAGGGUUGGAGCUAGGGUUGGGGUUAGGGUUGGAGCUAGGGUUAGGGUUAGGGUUGGAGCUAGGGUUAGGGUUAGGGUUAGGGUUGGAGCUAGGGUUAGGGUUGGAGCUAGGGUUAGGGUUAGGGUUGGAGCUAGGGUUAGGGUUGGAGCUAGGGUUAGGGUUAGGGUUAGGGUUAGGGUUGGAGCUAGGGUUAGGGUUAGGGUUAGGGUUGGAGCUAGGGUUAGGGUUAGGGUUGGAGCUAGGGUUAGGGUCUGAGCUAGAGUUAGGGUUAGGGUUAGGGUUGAAGCUAGGGUUAGGGUUAGGGUUAGGGUUGGAGCUAGGGUUAGGGUUAGGGUUGGAGCUAGGGUUAGGGUUACGGUUAGGGUUGGAGUUAGGGUUAGUGUUGGAGCUAGGGUUAGGGUUGGAGCUAGGGUUAGGGUUAGGGUUGGAGCUAGGGUUAGGGUUAGGGUUGGGUUAGGGUUAGGGUGUGAGCAACAGUUAGGGUUAGGAUUGGAGCUAGGGUUAGGGUUAGGGUUGGAGCUAGAGCUAGUGUUAGGGUUAAGGUUGGAGCUAGGGUUAGGGUUAGGGUUGGACCUAGGGUUAGGGUUAGGGUUGGAGCUAGGGUUAGGAUUAGGGUUGGAGCUAGGGUUAGGGUUAGGGUUAGGGUUGGAGCUAGGGUUAGGGUUAGGGUUAGGGUUGGAGCUAGGGUAAGGGUUAGGGUUGGAGCUAGGGUUAGGGUUAGGUUUGGAGCUAGGGUUACGGUUAGGGCUGGAGCUAGGGUUAGGGUUAGGGUUGGGUUAGGGUUAGGGUGUGAGCAACAGUUAGGGUUAGGAUUGGAGCUAGGGUUAGGGUUAGGGUUGGAGCUAGAGCUAGUGUUAGGGUUAAGGUUGGAGCUAGGGUUAGGGUUAGGGUUGGACCUAGGGUUAGGGUUAGGGUUGGAGCUAGGGUUAGGAUUAGGGUUGGAGCUAGCGUUAGGGUUAGGGUUAGGGUUGGAGCUAGGGUUAGGGUUAGGGUUAGGGUUGGAGCUAGGGUAAGGGUUAGGGUUGGAGCUAGGGUUAGGGUUAGGUUUGGAGCUAGGGUUACGGUUAGGGUUGGAGCUAGGGUUAGGGUUAGGGUUGGAGCUAGGGUUAGGGUUAGGGUUGGAGCUAGGGUUAGGGUUGGGUUAGGGUUAGGGUGUGAGCAACAGUUAGGGUUAGGGUUGGAGCUAGGGUUAGGGUUAGGGUUGGAGCUAGUGUUAGGGUUGGAGCUAGAGCUAGGGUUAGGGUUAGGGUUGGAGCUAGGGUUAGGGUUAGGGUUAGGGUUGGAGCUAGAGCUAGGGUUAGGGUUAGGGUUGGAGCUAGGGUUGGAGCUAGGGUUAGGGUUGGAGCUAGGGUUAGGGUUAGGGUUGGACCUAGGGUUAGGGUUAGGGUUAGGGUUGGAGCUAGAGCUAGGGUUAGGGUUAGGGUUGGAGCUAGGGUUAGGGUUAGGGUUAGGGUUGGAGCUAGGGUUAGGGUUGGAGCUAGGGUUAGGGUCUGAGCUAGAGUUAGGGUUAGGGUUAGGGUUGGAGCUAGGGUUAGGGUUGGAGCUAGGGUUAGGGUUAGGGUUAGGGUUGGAGCUAGGGUUAGGGUUAGGGUUAGGGUUGGAGCUAGAGCUAGGGUUAGGGUUAGGGUUGGAGCUAGGGUUAGGGUUAGGGUUAGGGUUGGAGCUAGGGUUAGGGUUAGGGUUGGACCUAGGGUUAGGGUUAGGGUUGGAGCUAGAGCUAGGGUUAGGGUUAGGGUUGGAGCUAGGGUUAGGGUUAGGGUUAGGGUUGGAGCUAGGGUUAGGGUUAGGGUUGGAGCUAGGGUUAGGGUCUGAGCUAGAGUUAGGGUUAGGGUUAGGGUUGGAGCUAGGGUUAGAGUUGGACCUAGGGUUAGGGUUAGGGUUGGAGCUAGAGCUAGGGUUAGGGUUAGGGUUAGGGUUGGAGCUAGGGUUAGGGUUAGGGUUAGGGUUGGAGUUAGGGUUAGUGUUGGAGCUAGGGUUAGGGUUGGGCUUGGAGCUAGGAUUUUUCUGAGUGCAAUGAACCAACUCCCGAGUCUCUAGGGCGUUCCUAAAAAAAUUAGAUUUUUUCCCCGUAGGAAUGAAUGGGUUAGGGUUAGGGUUAGGGUUAGGGUUGGAGCUAGGGUUAGGGUUAGGGUUACGGUUAGGGUUGAAGCUAGGGUUAGGGUUAGGGUUAGGGUUAGAGUUGGAGUUGGAGCUAGGGUUAGGGUUAGGGUUGGGUUAGGGUUAGGGUUGGAGCUAGGGUUAGGGUUGGAGCUAGGGUUAGGGUUACGGUUAGGGUUGGAGUUAGGGUUAGUGUUGGAGCUAGGGUUAGGGUUGGAGCUAGGGUUAGGGUUGGAGCUAGGGUUAGGGUUAGGGUUGGGUUAGGGUUGGGUUAGGGUUAGGGUGUGAGCAACAGUUAGGGUUAGGGUUGGAGCUAGGGUUAGGGUUAGGGUUGGAGCUAGUGUUAGGGUUGGAGCUAGAGAUCGGGUUAGGGUUAAGGUUGGAGCUAGGGUUAGGGUUAGGGUUAGGGUUGGAGCUAGGGUUAGGGUUAGGGUUGAAGCUAGGGUUAGGGUUAGGAUUAGGGUUGGAGCUAGGGUUAGGGUUAGGGUUAGGGUUGGAGCUAGGGUUAGGGUUAGGGUUAGGGUUGGAGCUAGGGUUAGGGUUAGGGUUGGACCUAGGGUUAGGGUUAGGGUUAGGGUUGGAGCUAGAGCUAGGGUUAGGGUUAGGGUUGGAGCUAGGGUUAGGGUUGGAGCUAGGGUUAGGGUUAGGGUUGGAGCUAGGGUUAGGGUUAGGGUUAGGGUUGGAGCUAGGGUUAGGGUUAGGGUUAGGGUUGGAGCUAGGGUUAGGGUUAGGGUUGGAGCUAGGGUUAGGGUCUGAGCUAGAGUUAGGGUUAGGGUUAGGGUUGGAGCUAGGGUUAGAGUUGGACCUAGGGUUAGGGUUAGGGUUGGAGCUAGAGCUAGGGUUAGGGUUAGGGUUAGGGUUGGAGCUAGGGUUAGGGUUAGGGUUAGGGUUGGAGUUAGGGUUAGUGUUGGAGCUAGGGUUAGGGUUGGGCUUGGAGCUAGGAUUUUUCUGAGUGCAAUGAACCAACUCCCGAGUCUCUAGGGCGUUCCUAAAAAAAUUAGAUUUUUUCCCCGUAGGAAUGAAUGGGUUAGGGUUAGGGUUAGGGUUAGGGUUGGAGCUAGGGUUAGGGUUAGGGUUACGGUUAGGGUUGAAGCUAGGGUUAGGGUUAGGGUUAGGGUUAGAGUUGGAGUUGGAGCUAGGGUUAGGGUUAGGGUUGGGUUAGGGUUAGGGUUGGAGCUAGGGUUAGGGUUGGAGCUAGGGUUAGGGUUACGGUUAGGGUUGGAGUUAGGGUUAGUGUUGGAGCUAGGGUUAGGGUUGGAGCUAGGGUUAGGGUUGGAGCUAGGGUUAGGGUUAGGGUUGGGUUAGGGUUGGGUUAGGGUUAGGGUGUGAGCAACAGUUAGGGUUAGGGUUGGAGCUAGGGUUAGGGUUAGGGUUGGAGCUAGUGUUAGGGUUGGAGCUAGAGCUAGGGUUAGGGUUAAGGUUGGAGCUAGGGUUAGGGUUAGGGUUAGGGUUGGAGCUAGGGUUAGGGUUAGGGUUGAAGCUAGGGUUAGGGUUAGGAUUAGGGUUGGAGCUAGGGUUAGGGUUAGGGUUAGGGUUGGAGCUAGGGUUAGGGUUAGGGUUAGGGUUGGAGCUAGGGUUAGGGUUAGGGUUGGACAUAGGGUUAGGGUUAGGGUUAGGGUUGGAGCUAGAGCUAGGGUUAGGGUUAGGGUUGGAGCUAGGGUUAGGGUUGGAGCUAGGGUUAGGGUUAGGGUUGGAGCUAGGGUUAGGGUUAGGAUUAGGGUUGGAGCUAGGGUUAGGGUUAGGGUUAGGGUUAGGGUUGGAGCUAGGGUUAGGGUUAGGGUUAGGGUUGGAGCUAGGGUUAGGGUUAGGGUUGGAGCUAGGGUUAGGGUUAGGGUUAGGGUUGGAGCUAGAGCUAGGGUUAGGGUUAGGGUUGGAGCUAGGGUUAGGGUUAGGGUUAGGGUUGGAGCUAGGGUUAGGGUUAGGGUUGGACCUAGGGUUAGGGUUAGGGUUAGGGUUGGAGCUAGAGCUAGGGUUAGGGUUGGAGCUAGGGUUAGGGUUAGGGUUAGGGUUGGAGCUAGGGUUAGGGUUAGGGUUGGAGCUAGGGUUAGGGUCUGAGCUAGAGUUAGGGUUAGGGUUAGGGUUGGAGCUAGGGUUAGGGUUGGACCUAGGGUUAGGUUUAGGGUUAGGGUUGGAGCUAGAGCUAGGGUUAGGGUUAGGGUUAGGGUUUGAGCUAGGGUUAGGGUUAGGGUUGGAGCUGGGGUUAGGGUUAGGGUUAGAGCUAGGGUUAGGGUUAGAGUUAGGGUUGGAGCUAGGGUUAGGGUUAGGGUUGAAGCUAGGGUUAGGGUUGGAGUUGGAGCUAGGGUUAGGGUUAGGGUUGGGUUAGGGUUAGGGUUGGAGCUAGGGUUAGGGUUAGGGUUGGAGCUAGGGUUAGGGUUAGGGUUGGAGCUAGGGUUAGGGUUAGGGUUGGAGCUAGGGUUACGGUUAGGGUUGGAGCUAAGGUUUGGGUUGGGUUAGGGUUAGGGUGUGAGCAACAGUUAGGGUUAGGGUUGGAGCUAGGGUUAGGGUUAGGGUUGGAGCUAGUGUUAGGGUUGGAGCUAGAGCUAGGGUUAGGAUUAAGGUUGGAGCUAGGGUUAGGGUUAGGGUUAGGGUUAGGGGUUAGGGUUAGGGUUAGGGUUAGGGGUUAGGGUUAGGGUUAGGGUUUAGGGUUAGGGUUGGAGCUAGGGUUAGGGUUAGGGUUGGAGCUAGGGUUAGGGUCUGAGCUAGAGUUAGGGUUAGGGUUGGAGCUAGGGUUAGGGUUGGACCUAGGGUUAGGGUUAGGGUUAGGGUUAGGGUUGGAGCUAGUGUUAGGGUUAGGGUUAGGGUUUAGGGUUAGGGUUGGAGCUAGGGUUAGGGUUAGGGUUGGAGCUAGGGUUAGGGUCUGAGCUAGAGUUAGGGUUAGGGUUGGAGCUAGGGUUAGGGUUGGACCUAGGGUUAGGGUUAGGGUUAGGGUUAGGGUUGGAGCUAGUGUUAGGGUUAGGGUUAGGGUUGAAGCUAGGGUUAGGGUUAGGGUUAGGGUUAGGGUUGGAGUUGGAGCUAGGGUUAGGGUUAGGGUUGGGUUAGGGUUAGGGUUGGAGCUAGGGUUAGGGUUAGGGUUGGAGCUAGGGUUAGGGUCUGAGCUAGAGUUAGGGUUAGGGUUAGGGUUGGAGCUAGGGUUAGGGUUAGGGUCAGGGUUGGACCUAGGGUUAGGGUUGGAGCUAGAGCUAGGGUUAGGGUUGGAGCUCGGGUUAGGGUUAGGGUUAGGGUUGGAGCUAGGGUUAGGGUUGGACCUAGGGUUAGGGUUAGGGUUGGAGCUAGGGUUAGGGUUGGAGCUAGGGUUAGGGUUAGGGUUAGGGUUGGAGCUAGGGUUAGGGUCUGAGCUAGAGUUAGGGUUAGGGUUAGGGUUGGAGCUAGGGUUAGGGUUAGGGUCAGGGUUGGACCUAGGGUUAGGGUUGGAGCUAGAGCUAGGGUUAGGGUUGGAGCUAGGGUUAGGGUUGGAGCUAGAGCUAGGGUUAGGGUUAAGGUUGGAGCUAGGGUUAGGGUUAAGGUUGGAGCUAGGGUUAGGGUUAGGGUUGGAGCUAGGGUUAGGGUUAGGGUUGGAGCUAGGGUUAGGGUUGGGUUAGGGUUAGGGUGUGAGCAACAGUUAGGGUUAGGGUUGGAGCUAGGGUUAGGGUUAGGGUUGGAGCUAGUGUUAGGGUUGGAGCUAGAGCUAGGGUUAGGGUUAAGGUUGGAGCUAGGGUUAGGGUUAGGGUUAGGGUUGGAGCUAGGUUUAGGGUUAGGGUUGGAGCUAGGGUUAGGGUUAGAGCUAGGGUUAGGGUUAGGGUUAGGGUUGGAGCUAGAGCUAGGGUUAGGGUUAGGGUUGGAGCUAGGGUUGGAGCUAGGGUUAGGGUUGGAGCUAGGGUUAGGGUUAGGGUUGGACCUAGGGUUAGGGUUAGGGUUAGGGUUGGAGCUAGAGCUAGGGUUAGGGUUAGGGUUGGAGCUAGGGUUAGGGUUAGGGUUAGGGUUGGAGCUAGGGUUAGGGUUAGGGUUGGAGCUAGGGUUAGGGUCUGAGCUAGAGUUAGGGUUAGGGUUGGAGCUAGGGUUAGGGUUGGACCUAGGGUUAGGGUUAGGGUUAGGGUUGGAGCUAGGGUUAGGGUUAGGGUUAGGGUUGAAGCUAGGGUUAGGGUUAGGGUUAGGGUUGGAGUUGGAGCUAGGGUUAGGGUUAGGGUUGGGUUAGGGUUAGGGUUGGAGCUAGGGUUAGGGUUAGGGUUGGAGCUAGGGUUAGGGUCUGAGCUAGAGUUAGGGUUAGGGUUAGGGUUGGAGCUAGGGUUAGGUUUAGGGUUAGGGUUGGACCUAGGGUUAGGGUUGGAGCUAGAGCUAGGGUUAGGGUUGGAGCUCGGGUUAGGGUUAGGGUUAGGGUUGGAGCUAGGGUUAGGGUUAGGGUUGGACCUAGGGUUAGGGUUAGGGUUGGAGCUAGGGUUAGGGUUAGGGUUGGAGCUAGGGUUAGGGUUGGAGCUGGGGUUAGGGUUAGGGUUGGAGCUAGGGUUAGGGUCUGAGCUAGAGUUAGGGUUAGGGUUAGGGUUGGAGCUAGGGUUAGGGUUAGGGUCAGGGUUGGACCUAGGGUUAGGGUUGGAGCUAGAGCUAGGGUUAGGGUUGGAGCUAGGGUUAGGGUUGGAGCUAGAGCUAGGGUUAGGGUUAAGGUUGGAGCUAGGGUUAGGGUUAGGGUUGGAGCUAGGGUUAGGGUUAGGGUUGGAGCUAGGGUUAGGGUUAGGAUUAGGGUUGGAGCUAGGGUUAGGGUUAGGGUUGGAGCUAGGGUUAGGGUUGGAGCUAGGGUUAGGGUUAGGGUUGGAGCUAGGGUUAGGGUUAGGGUUGGAGCUAGAGCUAGGGUUAGGGUUAGGGUUGGAGCUAGGGUUAGGUUUAGGGUUAGGGUUGGAGCUAGAGCUAGGGUUAGGGUUAGGGUUAGGGUUUGAGCUAGGGUUAGGGUUAGGGUUAGGGUUGGAGCUGGGGUUAGGGUUAGGGUUAGGGUUAGAGCUAGGGUUAGGGUUAGGGUUGGAGCUAGAGCUAGGGUUAGGGUUAGGGUUGGACCUAGGGUUAGGUUUAGGGUUAGGGUUGGAGCUAGAGCUAGGGUUAGGGUUAGGGUUAGGGUUUGAGCUAGGGUUAGGGUUAGGGUUAGGGUUGGAGCUGGGGUUAGGGUUAGGGUUAGGGUUGGAGCUAGGGUUAGGGUUAGGGUUGGAGCUAGAGCUAGGGUUAGGGUUAGGGUUGGACCUAGGGUUAGGUUUAGGGUUAGGGUUGGAGCUAGAGCUAGGGUUAGGGUUAGGGUUAGGGUUUGAGCUAGGGUUAGGGUUAGGGUUAGAGUUAGGGUUGGAGCUAGGGUUAGGGUCGGAGCUAGAGCUAGGGUUAGGGUUAGGGUUAGGGUUGGAGCUAGGGUUGGGGUUAGGGUUGGAGCUAGGGUUAGGGUUAGGGUUGGAGCUAGGGUUAGGGUUGGAGCUAGGGUUAGGGUUAGGGUUGGAGCUAGGGUUAGGGUUAGGGUUAGGGUUGGAGCUAGGGUUAGGGUUAGGGUUAGGGUUGGAGCUAGGGUUAGUGUUAGGGUUGGAGCUAGGGUUAGGGUUAGGGUUGGAGCUAGAGCUAGGGUUAGGGUUAGGGUUGGAGCUAGGGUUAGGGUUAGGGUUAGGGUUGGAGCUAGGGUUAGGGUUAGGGUUGGAGCUAGGGUUAGGGUCUGAGCUAGAGUUAGGGUUAGGGUUGGAGCUAGAGCUAGGGUUAGGGUUGGAGCUCGGGUUAGGGUUAGGGUUAGGGUUGGAGCUAGGGUUAGGGUUAGGGUUGGACCUAGGGUUAGGGUUAGGGUUGGAGCUAGAGCUAGGGUUAGGGUUAGGGUUGGAGCUAGGGUUAGGGUUAGGGUUGGACCUAGGGUUAGGGUUAGGGUUGGAGCUAGGGCUAGGGUUAGGGUUAGGGUUGGAGCUAGAGCUAGGGUUAGGGUUAGGGUUGGAGCUAGGGUUAGGGUUAGGGUUGGAGUUAGGGUUAGGGUUAGGGUUGGAGCUAGGGUUAGGGUUAGGGUUGAAGCUAGGGUUAGAGUUGGAGCUAGGGUUAGGGUUAGGGUUAGGGUUGGAGCUAGGGUUAGGGUUAGGGUUGGACCUAGGGUUAGGGUUAGGGUUGGAGCUAGGGCUAGGGUUAGGGUUGGAGCUAGAGCUAGGGUUAGGGUUAGGGUUGGAGCUAGGGUUAGGGUUAGGGUUAGGGUUGGAGCUAGGGUUAGGGUUAGGGUUAGGGUUGGAGCUAGGGUUAGGGUUAGAGUUGGAGCUAGGGUUAGGGUUAGGGUUGGAGCUAGAGCUAGGGUUAGGGUUAGGGUUGGAGCUAGGGUUAGGGUUAGGGUUAGGGUUGGAGCUAGGGUUAGGGUUAGGGUUGGAACUAGAGCUAGGGUUAGGGUUAGGGUUGGAGCUAGGGUUAGGGUUAGGGUUAGGGUUGGAGCUAGGGUUAGGGUUAGGGUUGGAGCUAGGGUUAGGGUUAGGGUAAGGGUUGGAGCUAGGGUUAGGGUUAGGGUUGGAGCUAGGGUUAGGGUUAGGGUUGGAGCUAGGGUUAGGGUUAGGGUUGGAGCUAGAGCUAGGGUUAGGGUUGGAGCUAGGGUUAGGGUUAGGGUUGGAGCUAGAGCUAGGGUUAGGGUUAGGGUUGGAGCUAGGGUUAGGGUUAGGGUUGGAGCUAGGGUUAGGGUUGGAGCUAGGGUUAGGGUUAGGGUUGGAGCUAGGGUUAGGGUUAGGGUUAGGGUUGGAGCUAGGGUUAGGGUUAGGGUUAGGGUUGGAGCUAGGGUUAGGAUUAGGGUUAGGGUUGGAGCUAGGGUUAGGGUUAGGGUUGGAGCUAGGGUUAGGGUUAGGGUUGGAGCUAGUGUUAGGGUUAGGGUUAGGGUUGGAACUAGGGUCAGGAUUAGGGUUAGGAUUAGGUUUAGGGUUAAGGUAAGUGUUAGGGGAUUCAGAAUUGCGAUAAUGUUCUGUAAUGUUCUGUUCGUUGUACAGAGCUGACAGCCUGCGGGGGCGGAGCUUGGAUUGGUUCUUAUAAAACUUCACUGUUUCUAAACCUACAGUUUGGGUCUGCCAGAGAUUCACAGCAAUUGAAUGAAGAAAUACUCAGAAAAGCAAUUUUGCAUUUAGUUUUCUCAUGAUAUAUCCUGUAGCAUCAGAAAAAUGCCAUCUGGACAUGCCAUCUGGGUCUUUAAAGAUAAUGUAAUAUUAUCACUGCCAAUGUGACAGGCAAUGGAUCAAUUUGCACGGUUUAAAACAUGUUACUGGACAUAAAGUUAAAUUCCAUGUCAUUUAAUGCAACUCUUUUACUCCCUCAGGCUGGCUUCGUUUCAACAACAAGUGCUUCAUGUUCAAAGGAAAGCACCUUGAACCCAAAUCUAACUGGUCUGACGCUCAGAGCUUCUGCAAAGAACAAGGAGGAACCCUAGCAGUCAUUGAUAACCAGUACGAGAACGGUAUGUUAAAUCAAUGAAAGUAAAUCCGUCCAAGACACAGAGGUCAUAGAGGCUCCUCUCUUUAUCGUGAUCCUGUUCUCUCCUCUAGACUUUGUGGCCAGUUACCUGAGAGACUUGGAGCUCCCCACGUGGAUCGGUCUGUCGGAUUUGCUCAUGGAGAAUCAGUACGCGUGGAGCGACGGGGUCAGUCCUGUGCUGUACACCAACUGGAACGAGAAGGAGCCCAACAACGCAGGAGGAGCUGUGAGGAGACUUUUCAUUAAUAACGCAUUUGUAUUUAAAGAGCUUGUAUUUAAAGUUAGAUAGCUGAAAGUCCUCUUUGUCACUCUGAACAGGAGCACUGUGUGGCUAUGGCUCACCACCACCUGGUAACCGGCAGGUGGAACGACGACGCCUGUCACAAGAAUCACAGCUUUGUCUGCUCCAGGAAGAAAUGUGAGUGAACAAUCUAACUGUUUCAAUUUUGCCUUAAUUAUGUUAUUUAAGAAUAUUAGUCAAACAUAUGAAAGUCAAAUACCUUCAAGCCUUGUCUCAAUCUGUGUCUACAUCAGCCAGCAGCAUCAAACCUCCACCCCCGAUAAAGGACUGCCCGGAUGGCUACAUCUCUUGGUACGCAAACUGCUACAAGCUGGUGGAGGAGAAGGCCACCUGGGAUGCAGCUCAGGCGGCCUGUGUGAAGGAGGGCGGAAACCUGGCCAGCAUCGACAUGAGCUACGACCAGGCCUUUGUCGCUGGAGUGGUCCUGCAGGGCAGAGAGGACGCCUGGAUAGGACUCAGACGCAAGGUGCUUUCACAGAGGGAUCGUGGUCUAGUUCGGUGAACUAGACCACGAUCUUUAACACAAAUACACCGGUUUUAUUGGUUAAAGUGCAUUUCAGAGCACAUGAACUGAGGACGACAACUACUGAAGUUGCACAUACAGAAAAUAUCAAAUAAAUAUCAAAUUGCACAAAAUAAGCUAGUUUUCAAAGUAAAAGACAUGUCAAACAUCAGACGUGCAUUAAAUAUUUACUUUUGCGACCCAUCCAGAACGUGUCUGCAACCCACUUUUGGGUUGGGACCCACCAGUUGAGAACCACCAGUCUAGUCAAUGUAUCUUAACUACCAAGAAGACAAGGUGGAGGUGUAGAAGGUGUAGUGAGAGGAUAACAGGAAAUACUCCAAUUCAAGAACCUCCAUACUUCACCAAUGGGAACCAUAUUUCCCAAUUAAAGUAUAAAUCUGACUGGAAAGUUGUUUUCAAGACAUUUACAUGUUUUUCUUUUUAAGUACCAGAGUUACAGCACUACUGUAGUUGACCUCCCUUAUAUGAGGACAGAAACAGAAAUCCCAGACUUAAGUUAACUCAAUCCAAACCAUCAGUUUGGGUCAACUUGGAGCUAAAAUUCGAUCUUAUUUCUUUCUUUGAUGCAGGACAAUGGGUCCUACACGUGGACAGAUGGGUGGCCAGUCUUCUUCACUCAGUGGGGACCAGGUGAGCCCAGCAACAUAAAGGAUGAGGGCUGCGUCAGCAUGCACGGUGCACGGGCCUUCCAUGGGACCUGGAACGACACCAAGUGUGAUGUAGCUAAAAAUUACAUCUGCAAGAUCUCCUCAGGUAUGAAGCACUAUUAUCCCAGAUUCUUAUCCUCCACAGAAAAGCCUAACUCACCCGAGGUGUUAAUAAAUAUGUGACUAAAUGUCUCUCAGAUACACCACCGCCCACUCCUACCCCUGGUGACGGGAAGUGUCUGCCAUUUUGGGCGCCCUAUGGCCGCUUCUGUUACGUGGUGUACAACGGUCAGCAGGGUUUCUCCUGGCCGGACUCUCGACACUACUGUCAGUCUUUCAAGGCAGAGCUGGCAUCCAUCCACAGCAGAGCGGAGGUGGAGUUCAUCAGGAACAUCAACUCCUCCAAAGAACACAACCUCUGGAUCGGUCUCACCAGAGACAACAACUGUGAGUUUAGAGAUAAACAAAAGAACGUAACCUGAGUUUCUUUUCAGAGUUUUUCCUGGACACAAGUAUUAGUAAUGUGCACUGACCUCCAGACUGAAUCCCUCUGUGUUUGAUUUUUCCAGUUGGCUGGGGCUGGACAGACAAGACAGCUUUGGGCUUCCUGAACUGGGCUCAAGGUGAGCCUAAUGCAGCCUUUCACCCAGGAGAAGUGGCCGAAGAGAGCUGUGUGGAGAUGUACCCUGACGGACGCUGGAAUGACAACAACUGUCUGCAGAAGAGAGGCUUUGUAUGCCGCCAUCGCAAGUGUAAGGAGAUUUUUGUUACCUUACACAUCAGCUAUGAUAACACUGUAUGUUGUGGGUGUGCAGCACGGAUACCGGAUGAAUAAUUUCCUCCCUUGAAGACUCGGUUCUGUAGCUUUAGAUGAAAAGUAAAAGUUGUUAAGAAAAAGCAAGACUGUUUAACGUUGAGCAACAGAUUAAGUUUCAUUUUUUUGUGAAAAUAUUUCAGACUUCACAACAGAUGAUAAUGGUCAUCCAGUCAUUCCCACUGAUGGUCCCGGAACCAGCAGUAAGUACAACAAAGUUCCUCAAAAUCUCUGUAGAAGCAGGGCCGCUGCCAGACUUUUUUGACUGGGGUGGCCAAACUGCAGCACUGGUUUAUGUAGGGGCAGCAUGAAGUGACUGUGUACAUGAAUAAAUAACAUAUUAUUGUACUAACGGAGUGAGAUAUUCCUUUUUUUCUGUAAAGAUGGAGGUGUCAUAGCCGGUGCCAUCAUUGGAGCCAUCUUGGUUUGCACGCUGAUUUUCGGCCUGCUGUACUAUAUGUUCAGUGUGCGGGGAUACAAGAUGAGCGACUUGAGCCUGCCAACAAAAUCGACCAGUCACGUUGACGUGGUAAGUUAGGACCAACUUAUUCCAGUCAUGUUUGAUCCCCAGCAUCCAUUUUUGUGCUGGUUUAAGCACUGUCUGUCUUCUCUCUUACAGCCGGCUUUCACCAACCCCAACUUUGGAGGAGAAUCAGACACAUAA